AUGACAUCACGAAAUUCGACGAUUUUUUAUUUCGAAAAGCCGGCAAUUUGUGGCGAUGAGAGCUGUGAUCAAGCUUGCUGCAAUCAGAGGUUUGAAUAUUUUUUCUAAUUUCUCGGAUUUCGGUAACAGGGACGGGACGUUUUUUGAGCAAUUCUGGGGAUCACUUAAGAGUGCUGAAGCUACUGAAGUGGCCACUAGAAUCGCUAAGAAAUAUCCGGAUUUUUUUUUUUACCGAAGUCCAUGUCCAGUACCUUCAUCUGGUAAAUUAAUAAGUAAAAGAACUUUGAAUUGGAUUAUUUUGAUUAGGACUUUUUUUCGCUCGAGGUCUGAUUGGUCGAUUUUUCGAGCUUCAAAAUCAAAAUUAAGGGCAGGAGCUGAUGAUUAGGAAUCUGAAAAAUUUUGUUGGAUCUUAACUGGGGCAUUUUUAAGAGAGCUAUACAUUUUUGAGUUCGAAAAUGCCAUUCUAGUAGGUUAGAAAAAUAGAUAAAACAGCUUGAGCCAUCGAGAAAGGGUCCUGACGCGAUAAUGCACGAGACAGUGCCUGACUCGUGGAGAGCGCAGACAGGCCACGCCCUCUUAGCUAGCCUUGAAUCGGCUUUAAAAUGAUGGAAGGAAAAUGUUGCAACUUAUCUUUUUCAGACGAAUUAUCGGUCUCCUGCUGAUUCUAACGGCUUUCCUGGCUUCCUGCACCUUAUAUGCCUGUAUCAACAACACAGCGAUCCCGGUCCGGAGAUUCGUUUCCGAUUGGAAAUACCGGAUACGAAAAAUAUCCAGACGCGAGCUACCCCAAGACGUCUUUAUUUGA